UUUACUUUUGCGGUACGUUUCGAGCUGAGGUUUUGGAUUGACGAUAUAUAAACAUGAAAUUAUAAAUGUCAUGAAAAAAUAAGCUUUCAAGAAUGGGAUAUAGAACAUACAUGUAACGAAUUCCCUUCUCGGUAUGACUAAGUUUCGCAAUUAAGUGAUAUUUGGGCUAAAUAUUGGUCUUCUCUUUACUCCCAAUGUACAAUAAGUUUCACAUGUGUGUGAGUUACCGGUAGUGUUUGUGAUCAAUAGCUACAAUUAGAAGAGGACAUUAUGGAUCUUCUGUAUACAGUUUCAAGAAAGCCGAAUUGCAAUCCAUCCAAAUCAGGACCAGACUACGAUGUCUUACAUGAUGGACGCACAUUGUGUUGUAUAUCAAGCCAAAGCAUCGUUGCAUUCUCUGCAAUUACUGAACUUGAAGACUGUUGGGGCAAAAGCUGGGGUUCACAUGUUUACAUAGCAGACCUGAAUGUGCCAUGGCAUUGUCACAAGGUUAUUUCUAACAAGGCUAUAGUGACAGCACUAGAAUGGGAUGUUCCUGGUGAUAAGUUGCUGAUUGCAGAUGUAGAUGGGAAUGUUCAGUUAUGGACUUUUAAAGACCAUUUAUUAAAUGAGUGGGUUUGCCUUGGUACUGUAUCCUUUCCUGGUGAACACAUUCUUUCAGCAUUAUUCUUUCAUAAUGGGAAAAAGACUAAUUUAGUCCCUGACAUGAAGGAUGCCAUGCAGUACACUGAGAAAUUUAAAAGCUUGCCAUUGACACCGUCUGUCAGAGGUUUUGGUGGGAGUCCAAUUGAUGGAUGUGUUGUUGUCACAGCAACAGGGAUGAUUGGAGCUAUAAUAUGUUUACAAGAAGGUCAGGGCGUACCUCUUUUGUUGCACACCAGUGAAAGCCUUUCCUCGACUCGGAGCAGGAUCACAGCAGCUGACAUAUGUUUUGGGAAAAAUGGGAAUUUCAUGGUUGCAUUGAGCAGUGGCCGAGUCAGUCUGCCGGUGCACUGUGUACGUGUUACUGUGAAACUUGUGGAUGAGAAGUGUGUUUUGAACACUCAAGCAUUACCAAGUUUCUUUCCACAUUCUGGCCCCAUUAAUGACAUACAAUAUCGUCAUGUUUCACAGCUGAAAUUCGCUGCUCGUGAUGAUGCAGAUUGUUUAAUAAUUGCUACAAAUGGUGAUUCUGGCUGCGUUAUUGAACUAUGGGAACUACGUGAGAAACCAGUGCCAAUACAUAAAACAUUCCAGCCCAAGAAUCAUAACAACCAAUCUGAGCCAUAUAAGACUAUGGUUUGGCAGCACCAGUGCCAUUACGUAGCCCAGUGCCCAGUUGUAUGUGUGACAACAUCAAAGUUGUCACUUGUAUCUGCCGUCCCACCAGUAGGUUACAUUACGGUGGCACUGAGUGAUGGAUCAAUACAUUGUCUGUUCCGAGAUACUCUGAAACAAGCUGCACAAACAUCACAGAAUGUUAUAGCAAGGAAUGAUGAUACACCAAGCACAAAGCAACAGAAAUUACACAUUAGAAUUUCACAUGCAGAUAUGAGUUGCAUUGGACUUGUUCUUGCUGCUGUUGAUGCUCAGGGGCAUCUGUAUGUGUACCGACUCUCGCCAUUCUCAGAGCCAAGUGGUCCUGUAUCUGUUUCAUGUGCCAGCACUUUAUUGGAGUACUGCAUGAUGACAGGAUUUGACUGGUGGGAUGUACUGGUAUCAUUAAGGCCAGAAAUAAUUGAUGCUGUGUGUGAAAGAUUCUCAGAAAAUUUUAACCGCCAGUCUGCAUCCAUACAGCAAUUCUAUUAUAUUAAACAGUUGAACAUUAAGACAUCCUUGUACAGGUUGUCAAUGAAUGGGCAGUCAAAAGCAGCUGAUCUCACAUCUCUACUUAUGUUGCACUCUGUUGCAACAGCAUUUAAAUCAUUAUUACGACCAUCUGAUCUUUCAAAUCAUGAGAAAGGUCCUGCAGAAAGCUUGGCAAAUGUCAUGACUGAAUCAAUAACAGAUGUUGAUAAAGUUUUGCUACAUUUGGAAGCAAAGGAGUUCACUGUUGAACCUAGCACACUGCAAUCACUGCAACAGCUAAUUCAGUGGGUAGCAGAUUUAGCACUUAAUCUUUUAGCAAGGCUGCCAGAGCAACGACAGGUCUCAAACAAAGGCUCUGGUUAUGAAUUAUUACGUGAUUACAAAGCACUAAAUACACUUCGUGAACUCCUGGUGAUAAUUAGAAUUUGGGGCCUGUUGAGACAGAGUUGCCUGCCAGUCUUUGUACGUAGCGCGGAGAAUCUCGAUGUUUUGGCGUUAUUAUUUAAAUUAUUGUCACGCUUGAUUCAGAAUACGGAACCUGAUGAAAAUCUCAUAGAUGACUGCUGCCUGUUGCCCAGUCAAGUAAUGAUCCCUCCAUUGAACUCUCCACAGAAGCUUAUAGCCAUCACAUCACCGUUGUUUUUCUGUCAGUCUUUACCCAUACAGCUUGAAUGGGGAACAGAACCUGAUAGUCUUCUCUAUGUGCCUGAAAUAAAUCCAGUUGAAGGUGCAAUGCAAAGUGAACAAAUUAUAGAUUGUACUCGACAUACCUACUUGGGAAAACACCCAAGUGUUGUUAAACAGUGCACAAGGUGUGCUGGAGUUGCAUUCCAGCAGUUUCUAACCAGGACUGCUGCAAUAAGAGCAUGGGACAUGAGAUGGGCUCGGGAAUGCCUUUGUGGAGGCCAUUGGAGAUUACACUACUUUUCGUCCAUUUGACAACUACAUUCUGUCCUAGUCCUUCUGUUUUCAGAUCUAGCAGACAUUUUACCUUAAAACAGUUUUGCAGAUGACUAGGAAAAAAUUACUGUGUUAUUUUAACAAACAGAAUAUGUGCAUGUGAUUGCACACACGGACACACACCAAAACAACACUGAGUGUUGUAAUCUAUAAAAAAAACUUGAUGAUGCUGGUACUUACCACAGCACUAAGUGCUUUUUAUUAAAACUGAUGUUUCUACUGUUUUACAGUAGAAACAUUUUCAAGCGUAAUAUUUCUAUUAGUGUACAUAAAUGCUUUUUAUUAUGUAGUUGCAUUUGUUUUUAACAUUUCAGUUAUGGGAAUAGAUUAGCUGCGUAGCACAGCAUUAUGGGUACAGCCAUGGUAUCUAUUCCAUACACAUACUGAAAUCAUUUUCUGUCUUACACCACAAUAAGCAAACAUUCCUGGGAUUUUGUAAUUGUUCUAGGAAACAAUUGCUAUUGUGUAUUAGUGAACAAUAUCUGUUAUGUACAUAUUACAUACAUUGUUUAUAGGAUUUGAUUGUGAUUUGUUCACACUUUUAUACUAUAUAGAUUAUUGCCGCCUUCAUUUGUGUAGGUGGUCCAGUAGAACACCAUUGAUUUAAAACUUAACCUGUGCUCAGGGAAAAAACUGCCAUUGCUUGUAAAUAUAUAUUUUAGAUAGGUCUGUUGUUUAUAAAUAAUUUUUCAUCUCAAUUUUUCUUAUUAACUCAUUCUUAAAUAACCUGGCAAUCUUAGGAGUCCAUUUUUCAUUGGGUGCGCCUUGAAAGGCAAAUGAACUAGCAGAUGUUUGUCUGCUUGUGUGAUUCUAAAUAUGUUAGACUGAACACCUACUGCCAGAAGUGACCUUACAAUGGUUUCUCUUUUGCUGAAACUGUUAAAUGACUUAAAUGAUUCACCAAUUUUAUUGUAAUUCAUAAUGAAAGUGUCAUUGCUCUUGAGUCUUAGUGAGUGCUGUGGCAAUACCCAUUACUUUUUAAACCAAGGCACUUAAUAGAAGUGUCUAAUUAUUGUCCUCUUUCAGCUUGUUAGCCUAACUCAGAAGUGUUUUAGUUUAUUUCAUGUAAUAUGUAACCUUGUGUGAAGUCUGAAAUAACUUUUCUUUGGCAUAUCUCAGAUAUGCAGAACAAUUAUAGUUGAGAGAGAAUAAGGUAUAUGAUCUCAAAAUAAAUUUAAACCAGAUACCUUAUUCAUUGUUCAUAGGAAACUUUAUGGCAAGACCACUGCAAUCAUUAAAUGAUAGUAAAAAUAUACAGUGGGAUAUUUCCAUUACUUCAUAUACCACUCUGUUUUCUUGGUGAUUUCCUUGUGCUUUGAAAGCAUAAAAGUUUGUACUUAAUAUUUAGUAAAUUGAUUCCAUCAUCCAAGUUUUAUUUUUGCAUAACCUGGAUUUUAAUUUUUUAUGUUAACUUUUUAAUUUGAAUGAGUAGGUCAUGUACUUCAAUUUACAUAAAUUACUUCUGCAGCUCUCUGUAUUCACCCCUGAAAAGAAGGCUUACACUGUAUGUACGCAUUGAGUAAUACUAGCAGAGUGUGAGCUGCUGUUUGAGGUUUUUGUGAUGUAAUAACUGCUCGAAUGGUUCGUAGGCAUCAAGUCUGAUAGUGUUGUGAAAACUGCGCAGUAUUUCCUUGAGUCAGCUACGUAUUAGCUUCAGGUGCUUACUGACAUAUUGCUGUUUUGGCUAGCCAACGUAUGUGGUAGCUAACUAGAAAAGCACAGGCACCAAGAGAUGGGGCUAUAACGAUAUCAUAGACGAAUUUUAUAGAUAUUGAUGCCCAGAGUCAUGUGCAUGGUCUCCACAUGUGCAGCACAAGAAAAGCACAACUGCAAGGCACUGAUCUAGUGUACACAUGGGGACCAUAUGUCAGGGUGCAACUUAAAUCUCCUGCUUUCCGUUCUCCAUCUGUGCUGAUUCAUUGGAUUGGUUUGUCUGCAGCUGAUGAUACCUUAGUACUGCCAAUGCUGGCUCCAUGCUUUGCUAAGUUGAAAUCCCAUAUCUCUGCUAAUCAGAUCAUUACUUAUGUUUAUGUAUUUUCUUUCCCAAUGCUAUCCGAUGUAAUGCCCAUGCGAACCUGCAGGAGAGCUUCUGUAAAGUUUGGAAGGUAGGAGACGAGGUACUGGCAGAAGUAAAGCUGUGAGUACCGGGCGUGAGUCGUGCUUCGGUAGCUCAGUUGGUAGAGCAAUUGCCCGCGAAAGGCAAAGGUCCCGAGUUCGAGUCUCGGUCGGGCACACAGUUUUAAUCUGCCAGGAAGUUUCAAAGUGUGAGCUGUUUAUAACAUGAUUACCAAGCUGUGUAUUUCAAAAUCUACAUUUGAUUUGUUCUUGGCUUGUGUCCAAUUACCAUGUCAUUUUACAUUUCAAUUUAAUAUUUGGGAUUUAUUUUCACUAUCAAAUACCAUUUUGGAUAUAUAUGUACUUAAUUAAUAAGAGAUAGCAAAAAAGUUAGCUCUAAAUUUUGUGUGCCUAAACAUGAAAUUAGUCAGUCCCAUUGUGUUGGACAUUUUUGAACAAAGCAGAUUAAAACAAAAUGUGAUGGUAAAUACUGUAGCCCAUGCAACAUUUUGUAAAUUUGUGGUAUAUAUUAUUUUUGAGAGGCUCCUAACUACAGCCCAUGAUGCAUUACUGGGCUGUGAGCACUUUCAGAAAAGUAAAUAACCACAUAUCUGUAAAAGUGAGAUUCCAAGUAAGGAAAAAAAAUUACUUACUGAUCUCUGAAUAAUUUAACUGCCAAAUUAAAUACAACAGAAAGUAUCGUCAUUCUUAUGUUAUUUUGAUGUAAUUCAGCUGAAACAGUUGUAGAAAAGUUUGUAUAUAUGGAGUAAACAUUAAAAUACCCCUAUAUAACAAUGAAAAGAAGUGCCAACUGUCAAUAUUUUAUAAAAUUACUUUUUUUAUUCAAGCAGCGACCAGUUUGUCACCUGUGACACUCUCCAGAUAGCUGCAUCCAUGUGUUAUACAAUAUGUGGCACAAUGUUGGUGUUACAAACAUAUCACCAAUGCUCUAUGAGAAAUAAUUUAUUUGUCUUUGUUAGAGUCACAUUCAGUGGAUAAGAAUGGGGAAAACAAGAUUAUAUUUACAUGAACAAUACUUGCUAGAUCAUAAUGUAUUCCACAGUUACUGCUUCCACACACACAGCUUCUGUGACUCACAAAAGAAAAACCGUAUUUCAUUUGAAGGAAAUAUGCCUUAUUAGGUUGAUAACCUCUGUUGGAAAUCUGAUGUUACUCUAAGGUUUAAUAUAAACAGUAAGAUUUUAAAGAUUUCUAAUAUUUAGUUUAAUAAUCCAAUUCUGAAUCAAGGAUAUGUAACCUCCAGUGUGACUCAUGUCCCAACUUUUACAUUGGUACUGAGCCAGGUGGCACAGUGGUAAGACAUGGGACUCUCAUUCAGGAGGUUGACAGCUCAAAACCUGUCUGACCAUUUAGCUUUAGGUUUCUAUAGUUUCCCUAAACCACUUAAGGCAAAUGAUGGGAUGGUUCCACUGAAAAGGACACACGUGUUUUUCUACACAUCCAGUCUUGUGCUCUGUCUUUAAUGACCUUGUCAAUUAUGUGAUAUUAAACCCUUACAUCCUCCUCCUUUAUGCAUUGACUUGUCAUAUGGAUCUUUUACACUAAAGUUCCAAGGCAUAUGGAUUCGAUCUUUUACACCCAGGUUCCAAGACGUGGAUUCAUUUAGGAUAGGAAACUAUAGUAACUCCACUCUGGGACAUAUUUUACAGAGCGGGAUCAUUCUUCUGGUAGCAUAGAAAACCCUUUAUCUGUAAAUAAAUGAACUUGGUAGGAGAAGUAGCAUUUUAAAUGAAAAAUUGGAUAACACCACAGCAUCUUGUGAUAUUCCAGGCAGAUGCAUUAUAACUAAUAGAUUGUAAAUGUAAUUCUUAUUUAUGCAUGUAUAAUAUUAUUUACAGUAUAUACUCUGAAGAGGAUUUAGUAAUAUGCCAAGUGCCUUGCAUAUUUUCAAUCCCAUUUGCUUUACAAUAAAUAAAUGAAUAAUGCAAAUACAAGUUUGACAAAUAUGCACUCAUUGCUAUUGUAAGUUGUUAAAUGUAUAAUAAUGCUGUAAAUAGCAUUCCAUUAUAAAGUUGCACAAGUUUCAUUUAUAUUUACACUGAAACAAUAUCUGUAAUUGAGAGAUGAUGAUAACAACUUUUCAUCUUAGCUCAAUAGAAGAACUUACCUCUUGUAAAGAAUGUACCUUACUUUGGAAAUAAUUUGAAUGAAGAUUUGUACAGUGUUCUUGUGUGAGAGAGAAGUAAUAACUGUGCUCCUUUGUUUGCUCAGCAUGUUUGUUUAUGAAAAAAGUGCAACAGAAGAACUACAUGUAGCUGACAUUUCCAUACAUUUUCAUUGAAUGCCAAGUGGUUAACUCACACAUCACGCAUGUAGUGUGCAGUUGGUGUUCUUAUAAAUUUUCAUCCAUGCUUAUUCAUCUAAUGUGGUUCAAACAGAAACAAAUAACUAACUACUUACUGGGCAUACUCAUUUUUAAUGUUACAGUCUGUUCAUGUACUGUGUAAUAUGUGAAUGUAGCUAUCAGAAGACAGCUGCAGGUGCUCAGAAUAGAUUUUUACUUCAAUUAAAAAAUGCAAUAAUAAUUUCAUAAAACAGUGAAUAUUAGUAAUUCAGUUCAGCAUCUUGCAUGAUUAAUGCAGUCACAGAAAUUUGAUGAAGUUAAUACAGGUUAAUCAUAUUCAUUUCACUACCAAAUACAUAUUUUGUGAGGGAGGAACUGAAGUCUUUCAAAAGUUCAAAGGAAGUCAUUCAACCUACUUAAAAAAUAAGGCUGAAGUGGACAUAAGUUCCCACAGGCAUUUUUGAAAAUGCUAUAUAAUGAGAAUGUUUGUUAAGAUCUCUUAGAGGAAUCAGUUUCUCUGUAACAUGCAUUUUUAAAGAUAUUUAUUUUGUAGUUAGAAGGCAUAACAUAGAGAUUUCACUGUUAUCUAAUGUUAUAUGUUUGUAUUGAUGCUUCACGAACAACGAUAUUUUUUUUUGGGAGGGUGAGGGGAGGGAGAGAGAGAGAGAGAGAGAGAGAGAGAGAGAGAGAGAUAGGAGACAUUAUUGAUUUUUCCCAACUGUGGGCUCAAAUUGAUUGGCUAAUUAUGCAGAAAAUUGUUAAUUUAAACAGACUUUUGAACCCAAAUGAGUCAUAAUUUUUUAUAAUUAUUUUCAAACUGAUAUUAAUUGUAACACCAACUCAUAUAUGUCAUUUUUUACUGCACAAUAAAGUUGAAGCUAAGUAAUUACAA